AUGUCUCUUACGGCCAAGGAGGCGUUUGCAAAGCUUCCUCAGAAGCUACAUAACUUUUUCAUCAAGUACCCACCAAGACCAUUUUCUGAGUACAAGAACGGACCAUCGGUGAUAUCUGACCCAAAGAAAAAUCCCUUUUUCCCAAACAAGAAUACAGAGACAGGAAGGUGGCACGGCUCGCUUUAUUCACGUAGAAGAUCUGCUGACUUGUUCAAAUUGGCUAAGAAGUUUGGCAUACAAGACCUUUUACCACCAACCCCAAGGAAGUUCCACGAGGACAAAUACAACAACAAGAAGUGGAUGCAAGGUAUGGUUCAACCAGCAGGCAGAGCUGAUCAAGCGGAAUUGGAGGAGAAGUUUAAGAAGAGAGAAGAAGCAAUUAAGAACAUGGACAAGAUCAUUGCCAAGGCAAGACCAGGUUAUAAGAAAUUGUUAAAGAAGAGAGAAGAAAGAAAGCCUACAUGGUUUUGA